AAUGUGCUUCUGUUCCACACUUGUGUUCCUCCUUAGAGAAUUACAUAAAGUAGUUGUAGUUUCUUGGAUUUUGUUCUGCAUGAAUUAUUUAGAUUUGACUGAAAGACUGAGGUCAAAUGUGCAAACACAGACAUCCUUUAUGGUCGUUUAUGUUCGGGUUUUCGAUUAUUUUUUAAUUUUAACUUUUUAUUAUAUCAGUUGUAUAAUUCCAGUGUUCAUCAACCUUAUACCGAAGAACACAAUCCCUCCAUCUGAAAAUCCGCGCGCCCAUUCCCCUUCAAGCAAGGGCUUGGUGGUCGAGAGGGAGGAGGUGACAGUGGGGGGAGGGCACCCACUCCACUCAGGCGUGUACUAACGAGUGGUUACGACUUGUUGAUAGGGAAGAUUUUUUUUGAUCGGAGGUGUAUGAGCUGACCAAAGCGUGUUUUUUUUUUCUCUUUCUCUGUGAGCGUGGGGGAAAUGAAUUGUGCAACGUUACUUUCUUUUUCCGCCUUUACGCACUGAUCGACAUAUGUGCAAUCUUCCAGCUCUCCGUGUGCUCUGUGGGAGAACCCACGGGGUAGACAUGUUUCCACCUGAUCGCCGGGGGGUCUAAGUUUGUAUAUGUGUUUGCAGCCUGCCACACAAUGCAGACGUCACCUCCACUGGAUUCAGAUCAGUUUUGGUGAUGUCUUUCUUUUUCUCCCUCCUUGGCUCCUUUCGCGCGCAGCAGCUCGGUUUUUAUUGGGGAAUACAGUGAAGAAAAUAUGUUUUGAGGUAGUUGGAAUACAAGAUUUUGUUCAUUCAUGGUGCUGUCUAUAUUUCGGACUCUCCUCUGGGUGCGUAUUUCUCUCCAUCUCCAAACGUAACACUGUUGAUCCUUCGCCGUCGCGUAUUUCGCUUCUUGCAAACUUGGGAGUCCGCUUCGCCCGGGCUGCUCUGCCUUCACUCGAGUGCCGAUCUUCAUAGGAGGCGCCUGUGUGUGCUUGAUUUGCUGGCGGCGCACAUGCACGGGCGUCCCCAUCGCUUCACCCAAACAGCGACUCCUGACAGAGAAACCCUCGUCUGGAGGAGAGGAGAGGAGGGGAGAAGGCGGAGGGGGAAAGCAGGAGAGAGUGGGUGAAUGUGCUGUGAGGACGCUGCUGCAGCCGGUUAUUGGACAUUUAAAGGAGGCGAUGCCGCUGAACAUGACACAGACAAUGAAAAACAUCACUGUGCAGGUAUGAAAUACCCUCUGAAAUCUCCGUGCGCGUGAGUUUGGCUGAUAGCCCUUCAUCAAGACUGCAUGUAUGGAAUUACGCAUGAACUGAUCUCAUCUUUUCCAUCAUGUCCAAGAAUUUUCCGAGAGAUGAUGGUGACAGCUGUUUUAAAAUCGCAGUUACCAUGUAGUGUUUGGACUAAAAAGAAACCCAGCUCCUGAAAAAUCCACAUUUUUGACAUUUGACAUCACGGUACGGACCGCUCAGCCGCCACCAUGGGACUGUGACCCGGGCUGCGAGCUCCGAGAGGCGGCUGUUUGUGUAGUCUGUGCUCCGUGUGCAGACUGGACCUGAGCAGUUGUGACAUUUUGAGCCAUGGCUGCUGCUAUCGCGAGUGGGCUGAUCAGGCAGAAGAGACAGGCGCGGGAGCAGCAUUUGGACCGGCCCUCGACCAACCGACGGAGGAAGAGCCCCAACAAGAACAAGGGGCUCUGCAAUGGGAACCUGGUCGACAUCUUCUCUAAAGUGCGCAUCUUCGGCCUCAGGAAGCGGAGACUACGGAGACAAGAUCCCCAGCUCAAGGGUAUAGUGACCAGGUUAUAUUGCAGGCAGGGAUACUACUUGCAAAUGAACCCCGAUGGCUCUCUUGAUGGGACCAAGGAUGACAGCAGUAAUUCCUCUUUAUUCAACCUUAUUCCUGUGGGCCUCAGAGUUGUCGCCAUUCAGUCCGUGAAGACAGGGUUAUACAUCGCCAUGAACGGGGAGGGCCAUCUGUACACAUCAGAACUCUUUACAGCGGAGUGCAAGUUCAAAGAGUCGGUGUUCGAGAACUACUAUGUGAUCUACUCGUCCAUGUUGUACAGACAACAGGAGUCGGGGAGGGCUUGGUUCCUAGGGCUCAACAAAGACGGCCAAGCCAUGAAGGGGAACCGGGUGAAAAAAACAAAACCAGCUGCUCACUUCCUGCCCAAGCCAUUAGAAGUUGCCAUGUACAGAGAGCCAUCAUUGCAUGAUGUAGGAGAGACGGUGCCCAAGGCGGCGGUACCUCCCAGUAAAAGCACAAGUGAGCCAGCGGUGAUGAACGGAGGUAAACCUGUCAGCAAGCCCGACAAGCCCCCCACAUAGCCACACCUGGAGGGUACCCAGUGUGUGUGUGUUCGGAGGACAGGAGGCAGGGCUUCUCUUGACUAGACUCCAGACCCUCUUUUCUUCUGCGGAUCCGAUCCAGGCAAACCUCCUUCCCUUCCUUUCUCCUCUUUGCUCCUCCUUCCUCUUUUUGUCCGCCUUGUCCUCGUCGGAUUCUGAGGAGGGCAGAGUUUCUCCAGCACAGGAGGGAAGAGGACCUCCGAUCAUGGAAUGCCUUUAGAUUCCUCUGAAACUGUGAGAAUUCAUAUUUCACAACGACGCUCGUGGUACUUUGCUUGCUGACGGUUCAUUCAAGAAACCUCCCUCCUCCUCUCUAUAAGGCCCUGUCGCAGCAGAGUCUGCGUACCUUCAGAUCUAUUUUCUAUACCACAGUUCACCAGCUAUGUUCUGGGAUAGAGACUGUAUAGAUAGAGUAAAUAUUUGGACUGUCGUCCUCUAUUUUUUACGAGUAUGUUCCCCUCUCCCUCUCUUUCUAUCUCUAGUCACACACUUUUCUCUUUGUCAAGUAACCUAGAAAAGAAAAAACAAUUUUGCAAGGGGAGUUGUGUGAUUUUCUAAGAAAUACAUUCACACAGACGUGGCAUAAAAAGAAAACAAACAUGUAUAAAAAGAAAAAAAUCCAAAAUUCUUUCCCGCCUACAACAUGCACACACACUUACAGAGAGACGUCUAAAAGUUUGUGGGGAAAAAUCCGGGAUGUUGCUUUUUACAGCUGAUAAAAACACACUGGAGGCUGGCAGAUAGCUCCUGCAAUCAUAGUUGAUGAAGUGCUAAUUACCGCCACUGCAAUCAAUGUGAGGGGCUCCCUGCACACACACACACAAAACACACACAAACACACACACACACUUCUUGAAACAGAUGUGUGUGUGGGUGGGAGAGCGCUGUAAAGGAAUGGUGUAUACAUAUCACUAUCUAAGUCCCACCAGCGGUUCAAUCCGCCUUCUCUGGUAAAUAGAAAACCUGAAGUCUAUUUUUCUUUAAGCUUAUUUCCGAGCGUGGGCUCUAGGAAUAUCUCUAGGCCUUGUAGGCCUCUGUCCCUCACUCACUGACUUCUUUGGACUGCAAGGCAAGGCUUGUGGCUUUGACCCAGAUGGUCUCUAACUGCAGCACUGGCAGCCAUCUUAAGGCAGCGUCUACUUAUAGCCAGAAAACAACAUGGCUGAAAACCAAGUGGGCGACAUUUAUAUUGGCUGCAUCCCUAUUUGGUUUCAGCAAACUAAAGCAUGGGCAAGGUUAAUAUUGUGUUCUCUCUUCUUGCAGCAGUUAUACAAGAGAUGGCUUAUAUUGUAACAUUUUCACUGUAUAAAACUUAGGGAAAAUGACUAUUAAAAACUUUUUAAAUGACUAGAUAUUAUUAUUAUUGUUAUUAUUAUUAUUAUUACUACGAGAGGAUUUGUCUCCUAGCUCAGCAUGCAGAGUCCAGAUCAUCUUGGCCUAUCACGUGCCUGUUUGGACCUUGAUUCCCGGCAUGCAAAAACAGGUUCCCAGUCCCCACUGGGCCAAAGGUGCCUCACCCACCCGAUACAUCCAUGUAGAGGACACGUAGCAUUAUCCAUUAAAGAAAAAAAAAAAACUCACUCAGAUGUACUCGUUCUGAAAUGACCAAAGUCUUUUUUCAUCCCAAGAAGAACUGAUUCUGUACGGAAAACAAAAACAAAUCUGAUUCUCUCUUUAUUCAACCCAUCAAAGCUUUCACUGUGAUAGCAUUCGUCCUGUGUGACUGAUCUCACUCUGCUCAAACCCCCCCCUCCCCCCCCGAGAGGUCUCGACUGAUGUCAUUUUACGGAGGAAGUACCUGUACCUUGAAUUAAUCACAUGCAUGUCUUUUGUACACGGAACAAGGUAUGGAUACGGUUCUUCUGCUCUGUGUUGAGUUUGAGAUCACUGAAGUUCAGUGUACUUGGGAGUUGAAUGGGCAUGUUGUAGGCUACAGCACACUCACGGCUAAUCUUGAAGCUAACACACACACACACACACACACACACACAUACAUUGCACUUUUUUUUGUUGCAUCUUCAUCAUGACUGUUAGAGGUUUAUCAAAGCUCUACCUGAUCGCUCACUUUAUACCGUUUGUCCUGCUUUAGAGGAUUGUUUCUGACUAGAUAAGAUUUAGAAAGUGACGUAGAUGCUGUGUGCUGCUAAAACUUGCGACUAUGUUAGGAGAUUGAUUUGGUAAAUAUAAUUUAUUGGGAUUACACAUGACCAUCUCUUCUUACAGGACAUCAAAACACAUCAGAUCAAUAUUUGUCUGUACAAAGCUGUUAGUGCUGAAACAGAAAUGGCGCACUUAAAGCUGCUGCAUUCAGGGGCGGAGUCUCUGCCCCGAUGACAGCCAAUCACCCUCCACUCUGACAAACUCUACAUGCUGGGCUGGCUGCUGCUCCAGCCCAACAAGGCUGACUUUAUUUUUGUAAAUGACUGGUGUGUAAAUGUACAUCUGUUCUUUUGUUCUUUCUUUCUCUGUUUGUCUUCAUUUCUUUUGGUAUUUUUCAGUCGAGUGUGAUGUCGUCUCCUGAUCUGGAUCACUUUUGCGUUUCUUUGUCCCUCUCUUCAGAAUAUUCUAGCACUCUUGAGUUCCUUCUGUUUUUUUUUUUUUAACGUCUUAUUUUGUACGUUGUCCCAUCUGUUGCAUGGGGAGAGGAUGGCAUCGAUGAACUGCAUGUAGUAGGCUAUGUCUAUCAAGAACUGUUGGUAUGUACCGCUAAUUUUACAUACAUAUAUGCAACGAGUUUGUCUACACUAUACAGUUUGUGUUUGUUGUAUAACACCUAUACAACAUAUUGAUUAAAAUAUUUAUAUAAAGGGUGUACUGUACUGUAAUGUCAGUAACAUACUUAAUGCAAUAUAGUGUGCAGUAUAUUAUUGCACCUUUCAUUUCUGAUGGGACGAAGAAAACAGAGGGGUUGGCUAGUUUAAGCAUGAAAAAGGCCAAAGUAGAAUUUACAUUAAAUUUUCUUUGUGACUUCUUAUCGGUCCUCUUUUUCAAGUGGUGACAGAGCUCUUAUGUCAAUGCAGCUCUCAUCCCCUGAUGCCACCUUUUGAAGUGACAUGGACAUCCAGCAUGCCACAACUGAACUAUGUAUGCCCUCUCUUUGUUUCCUCCACUUAGAGUUUAACCUUAUCACUAGUAUGAGUUUGAGUGAGAUCCGUCUGUCUUGUACUGUAGCUGCAGUACUGCGUGGGGUACCAUGGCAGAUUGUUUGGUUUGGUUUUCCCCCCUGUUUGAGAAUAGGCACUAUUAAAAAUGAUUUAUUUUCAAAAUAAAAUAUAUAUACCAUUGCAAGUAUGCCCAUUGGAGUUAUGUCAUGUUAUAACAAAUUUGUAACCAUGUAUGAUUAAGGUCUUCGCAUUGUUUUCCAUGCAAAAUGUUGUGUCAUGCGGCACAUUUAAUGUUUUAUUAUUAAAAAGAAAUAAAAACCUCAAACAGU